AUGGCAAAGCCCAAGGACGUCGACAGGGCGGUCGAUGCAGCACGCAAGGCCUUUGAUGAGGGUCCCUGGCCCCGUAUGAGUGGGCGGGAGCGCGCCGGCAUCCUUUUCAAGCUGGCAGACCUGCUGGAGGAGAAUGCAGAGGAGCUGGCCCUGCUCGAGACGCUAGACAACGGCAAGACCUACAGCCAGAGUUCCACGGUGGACAUCCCGGAGACCAUCUACCACUUCCGCUACUUUGCGGGGUUCGCGGAUAAGAUCGAGGGCGCCACCAUCCCCGUGGGCUCCGCCGGGGUCACAGGCAAGGGCUUCACCGCCUACACCCUGCGCGAGCCCAUCGGCGUGGUGGGCCAGAUCCUGCCCUGGAACUUCCCGGCCCUGAUGGCUGCCUGGAAGCUGGCCCCCGCCCUGGCUGUCGGCUGCACCGUGGUGCUCAAGGUCAGCCAGCACACGCCCAUGACGGGCCUGCGCAUCGCCGAGCUGGCGCUGGAGGCGGGUCUGCCCCCCGGCGUGCUCAACGUGCUGACGGGGAAGGGUUCUGACAUCGGGGACGCCAUCUGCAACCACCCGGGCAUUGACAAGGUGGCCUUCACGGGGAGCACCAAGAUCGGCAAGAUCAUCGGCGGCACGGCCACGGGCAACCUCAAGCCUGUGACCCUGGAGCUGGGCGGCAACUCCCCCGUCAUCGUCACCGACACCGCCGAUCUGGAGGCCGCCGCGCUGGGCGCACACGAGGCCCUGUUCUUCAAUGCGGGUCAGGCCUGCGAGUGCGGGGCGCGUGUGUUUGUGGACGAGCGCGUCUACGACGAAUUCUGCGCGCGCAGCAUCGAGCUGGCCAAGGGCCGCAAGACCGGGGACCCCUUUGACCCGGACGUCAAGCACGGGCCGAUGAUCUCGGAGCAGCAGAUGGACAAGGUGCUGGAGCUGAUCGAGAGCGGGAAAAAGCAGGGCGCCAAGCUGGAGAAUGCAGAGGAGCUGGCCCUGCUCGAGACGCUAGACAACGGCAAGACCUACAGCCAGAGUUCCACGGUGGACAUCCCGGAGACCAUCUACCACUUCCGCUACUUUGCGGGGUUCGCGGAUAAGAUCGAGGGCGCCACCAUCCCCGUGGGCUCCGCCGGGGUCACAGGCAAGGGCUUCACCGCCUACACCCUGCGCGAGCCCAUCGGCGUGGUGGGCCAGAUCCUGCCCUGGAACUUCCCGGCCCUGAUGGCUGCCUGGAAGCUGGCCCCCGCCCUGGCUGUCGGCUGCACCGUGGUGCUCAAGGUCAGCCAGCACACGCCCAUGACGGGCCUGCGCAUCGCCGAGCUGGCGCUGGAGGCGGGUCUGCCCCCCGGCGUGCUCAACGUGCUGACGGGGAAGGGUUCUGACAUCGGGGACGCCAUCUGCAACCACCCGGGCAUUGACAAGGUGGCCUUCACGGGGAGCACCAAGAUCGGCAAGAUCAUCGGCGGCACGGCCACGGGCAACCUCAAGCCUGUGACCCUGGAGCUGGGCGGCAACUCCCCCGUCAUCGUCACCGACACCGCCGAUCUGGAGGCCGCCGCGCUGGGCGCACACGAGGCCCUGUUCUUCAAUGCGGGUCAGGCCUGCGAGUGCGGGGCGCGUGUGUUUGUGGACGAGCGCGUCUACGACGAAUUCUGCGCGCGCAGCAUCGAGCUGGCCAAGGGCCGCAAGACCGGGGACCCCUUUGACCCGGACGUCAAGCACGGGCCGAUGAUCUCGGAGCAGCAGAUGGACAAGGUGCUGGAGCUGAUCGAGAGCGGGAAAAAGCAGGGCGCCAAGCUGGUGGCGGGUGGGGAGCGGCUGGGCGAGGAGGGGUACUUCCUGCAGCCCACCGUGUUUGUGGAUGUCCAGGACGACAUGGACAUUGCGCGGGAUGAGAUCUUUGGCCCCGUCCAGAUCAUCUUCAAGUACAAGACACUGGAGGAGGGUCUUCGGCGCGCGAACGACACCAACUAUGGCCUGGCGUCGGCGGUGUGGACCAAGGAUAUCGAGACCAUGCAGCUUGCCAGCCGCACUCUGAAGGCCGGCACCGUGUGGGUGAACACACACCAUGUUCUGGAUGCGGCGGUGCCCUUUGGUGGCUACAAGGAGUCUGGCUUGGGGCGUGAACACGGCAAGGAGGUGCUGGAGCAUUACACCCAGACAAAGGCAGUGUACAUUCCCCUGCCCAAGAACAACCCCUGGCAGAUCAUGUAG